AUGAAAGUUCUCGUCAGCCCCUCAGCUGUGGUCUCGACCACAGUACUCCCACAUGACGACCGCGCAUUUGAACGCUGGGCCUUCCCACAUCCAGAGAACACAUUUCGCGGUAAGACGUCUUCAGCCAUGUCGUUAUCGAAUGUUGUAGCGCCUCUUCAAGCCCCAGCCAUUGUGACAGCGGACGGCUUCGACCCGGAGACUUUCGACCCUCUAGUCCCACGAGUAGUUCAGCAAGCCACAACACGAUCGCCUAUCCUACUACCCUGGCAGCCCCGCAUUAUGCCACUAGGCAUGUUCUUUCGGUCAAACAUAGCAGAAACCGCCCACAAUCCCUUCGCGCCAGAGACUGCGUUCAGUCAAGAAUCUUUGGAAUCAACACGAAUUAUUUUCACGGCAAAUGAUGGCAGCUGCAGCUUUCGAUCCUCCGAAGCCUUGAGCUCGUCAUCUUCCAUGGAUCAUUUGAGCGUUUCUUUGGGCGCCAGUAUUGAUAUGACUUGCCUUGAAGCUAGCGUCUCAAUGCACUACGAUAAAGAUGUCAUGGAGAACAAGGACUCGAACAAAGCUUCAGUUAACACAAGCUAUCGCGCAGGUUCCGUUGGAUAUGCGCGCUCUCCAGAGUUGUCAGAAGCAGCUUUCAGAAUUUUGACUAGGCAGGGUAUCGAGGGAUUCAAGACUGCUUAUGGUGACUACUACGUGGGCGGCUACCGCAUUGGAGGAGACUCAGCUGUACUCUUCAGCACUGAUCAAAGUUCCUAUUCGGAAACGAAGAAGGAAACUGUGCAGAUAAAGGUGGAAUCAUGGCUGGGUGACUACGAGGAAAGCUGGUCCACAAGCUCGACAUAUUCAUCCAGCUCUGCCGCUGUUCGUGUCAGUGCAUUUUCAACAUUAGAGCAGCUGAUUGUUGCGAAAACGGUGCAGACGGGCACUCCGGAGUUCCAGGCCGCUAUUCAGCAGGGGAGGGCUAUCCACAAGCGAGCGCAGGGGUUGGACGAUGGCGUGGCCAAGGUUCUGAAUGAGGUUGGCGUGCGGCACGGAAAGACUGUCUCACCUAGGCAGUGCACCCAGCUUUGUCAACGUGCAGUUGUUGUUGAGCUUCAGCUGGUGCCUAUUGAGUGCCUUCGCCAGCAAUAUUCUCCACGCGAAAAGAUCGCCAUCAUGUCACUAUUACUGGCGCCAUACAACAAUGGCAUGCGCCUAGGCCAAGGUUUUAAUUCAUACACGCAGCAAAUCUGCAUUGAUGACGCUGUCGUAAUCGACCCAGACCGCGUUGACAAUUCUGUCACCAACGAUGGCUUCACAAUGCGUGAGCUUCGUCACGCCAUCGGCGCUCGGGCUGCUGGUGGUGAUUAUGAUGACGAAGAGGAUUAUGAAGAAGCGAUAGACGCUCUUCUAGAACCAACUACUAUACCGGGAAUAACAGCAACAGGAACAGAGGUAACAGCAGACGCGACAGGCAAACCUGCCGAUGUCACUCCAGCCGCUACAAAGGCGCUCGACACUAUCGCAAUUCAGUUGCGCGAAGACGCCAAAACAGUUGAGAAGCUCGUUUCAGACGUGGCCUCACUUGAGACUUUGAUCGAAGAAGCUAUUGACCCUGCUAGUGCCGAGACAAAGCGCAAUAUCCUUCUGCUUGAGAAGAAACGUAUGCGUUUGGCGCGUAUCAAGACCAAUGGUACUGGUCUCAAAGGGAACAAGCUCCGGGGCACAGUCAAAGCGCUGUCACAACGAGGGCCGAGUCAGAUCGUGACGUACAGCUCACGAUUUGUGAACAAGAUUAGCGAGAUUACAGAUGACAUGAAUAUCUCGGGCUCGUUGUCUAUCAAAUACGGCUCAAUCGGCGGUAAAGGCAAAGGUUCUUUCGUGGACUCUGACAAGUUCAAAGAGAGUGAUCUCAACUUCUUCAUCAGCGUCAAGGUCAUCAACCAGAGCAUCAACAUCAAAGAUGCCCUCGUUUUUCAAGGCCUUCCCUCAGUGGAUCAUACAAACUUCCGAAGCGUCUUUGGAGAUUGCUACAUCGCUGGAUUCCUCGAAGGUGGCGAGUUUAAUGCUCUUGUCAGUAUGAAGGUAGUGAACAAAGCCAAAGCUAUGAGCAUCAAGGCUGAAGCAGAGGUGGCGUUAAGCGUUGGUGCAGUCGAUCUCAAAGCAAAGGCCAAAGUCGACAUCGACAAGUCCAAUUUCUCUUCUCAGACAGAAACCACAAUUCAGGUUGGAUGGUCUGGUGGUGGCCACAUCAAACCCAUGGACCAACCUUGGACAAUCCAGUCACUGAUGGAGACGGCUGCGAGGUUUCCUGACCUUGUGGCCAGUACACCUCAACGAACAUAUGCCAUUCUGACAAAGUACGAAUCGCUUCGUAGCUUUAUGGCUUUGAAGCCCCCAGCCCUUACACCAAUGUAUUACGAAAAUGCUGCAAUUUACACAAAUGCUCUACUUGAUGCGUACAUGGACUACAAGAAUAUCUACCGCAACAUCGGCACUCAGCUCUUUGAUAUUCAGGCGGGCACAAAAAGGAUAGAUCCAUGGGUUGCCAAGGACAAGGAGUUGACGUUCACCAACAACACACAGAUUGGCAAGAACGAGAUUGAGCUUCCUUUCGAGGCCACAAUCAAAGGCCUUGACCUUGCUCGUCGCGCAUGUCGAUUUCAGAUGAUCAAGAUCGUCAACGAAGUUGAUGGCGUGGAGAAGAACCCAGCUAUUGCUGCUGACGAGAAACGGCCCGAGGCAUACCAAAGUACAAUCGUUUUCCGUGAACGUAUGCCUGUCGUUGCUGAAAGGGAGAAGUUGCCUCAUCUGAAAAUCUUUGGUACUGAGGAAGCUCCCCCAAAGUUGAUUGAGCCGAAAAAAGAUGAUGGUAUGCAAGAGGCAGAGUUGGCCAAAGCCGACAGCUAUAGGGAGACGCAACCCGAUAUAGGUGUUUCGAUGAGGCUGGCUCCUCUAGUGGGCUCCGCUUUUGGAGCCAUGUUCUGUAACCUGGACUUUGUCAAGGCCGACUUUAGUCUGAGAACAGUCACAGUCGAGGUUGAGCAAGGCGUUGUCGUUGCCAUCAGUGUUCGAUACGCAAAUGGUCUCCAGGCAACCAUGGGUACACCGGGAGGAAGCCACAAAGCCUCUCUCACACUCAGGCCAUCUCAGGGACAAAAGAUCAUCGCUUGCUCGAUCGAAACAGGUCGACGCAAAGACAGCUCUGACGCUACGACACGCAUCACGGCACUUCGUUUGUAUACCAACCGGGGUCCUGACCUAGAAGGUCACGCCAAGGAUUGGGUUCAGUCAGAGACCGAUGUUGGGACGAGAGAUGGUAUUGAGUUUAAGGAUCUCAAACUUGUUCACUUUGAUCCUCUUCUCGUGAACGCUCAUGUUAAGGGCUUUUGGGGACAUGCGAAUACAAGUAACACUGGCAUCAACCCCACGAGUGGUGUCUACCGAUUGGCGCCAAUCUGGGGCAACAAGGAGGAUACUUCCGAAUCAGGUGAUUCUUCAAUGGAAGCUGACAUGUCACUUGUUCGCACCCAACCAGAGCAGCAUCUGAUCAAAUGUCGUGAGCGCCUCGGCUGGUCAGAUGGAAUCCCCGGACGCAGUGCAGUCCUCGAACAAUCCUUCUACAAACCCUUACCUUUCAUACCCACGGUCAUCUACGGUUUUCGUCACAUUGACGUCGCACAUGCAGAUUCCCCUCGUGUUGCUCUCACUCUUCCAUCGGUCACAGAGUGGGGAUUCUCUUUGGGUCUCAAAUCCUUCCUCCACAGCACUUGGAACUUAGAAGCCAAUGUCAUGGUGCUCCCGAAUGGAGUGUUCCCCUUCCAGCAUGGUUUCGUAGAUGCAAGUGAUAACCCAGGUGGUCGCAGUGCAACAGAGAAUGCUUCAAUUCAUGUUACUUUCGCCAAACCAUUUACAAAAACACCCAAGGUAGCUGUGUGGUUCACCGAGAUACAUCAACCCAAGGGCCACCGGAGCCUCAAGACAUAUGUCGCUGAAGCUAGUCCUACAGGCAUGCGGAUCAACAUUGAGACAUGGGCUGGACGUGAGUUUGACAAUGCUCGUGUAGCAUACCUGGCCUAUCCAGAUGGAAACGAUUACAUCAAGGGAGGAGAUUCGUUCUUUGUACCCAAAGAGGAUUGGAGGGAGACUGAUUGGCCUGGCCAACCGUUCAAGAAGGAGCCGAAUGUUUUUACGGCCAUCAACUAUAUUGACAUUGGAUUGAAUCAGAACACGCUUAGCAUCCUGGUCACGCAUCAAUCUGCCUCUAGUAAAAACCUGAGGUACUGUGGCUGGGGAUCUGAUGGAACGGCACUUACGAUGAUAGGCAUGUGUUGGAUUGGUAUCUCUUCAAUGUAG